UGUUGGGGGGAGGGAGGCGGUUAGUGGGCUUUAGCGCCUUUUCUGACGGUGGUAGAUUUGAAGCGCUUUCAAACACUGAGCCCAGGGAAGAGGAAACUAACAGUGCAGGUUGAAGUAUUGGAAACAUGGGAAUAAAGGUUCAACGUCCUCGAUGUUUUUUUGACAUUGCCAUUAACAAUCAACCUGCUGGAAGAGUUGUCUUUGAAUUAUUUUCUGAUGUAUGCCCCAAAACGUGUGAGAACUUUCGUUGUCUUUGUACAGGUGAAAAGGGGACAGGGAAAUCAACUCAGAAGCCAUUACAUUAUAAGAGUUGUCUCUUUCACAGAGUUGUCAAGGAUUUCAUGGUACAGGGUGGUGACUUCAGUGAAGGAAAUGGACGAGGAGGAGAAUCUAUUUAUGGAGGAUUUUUUGAAGAUGAGAGUUUUGCUGUUAAACACAACAAAGAAUUUCUCUUGUCAAUGGCCAACAGAGGGAAGGAUACAAAUGGUUCACAGUUCUUCAUAACAACGAAGCCAACUCCUCAUUUAGAUGGGCAUCAUGUUGUUUUUGGGCAAGUGAUCUCUGGUCAAGAAGUUGUGAGAGAGAUAGAAAACCAGAAAACAGAUGCAGCUAGCAAACCAUUUGCUGAGGUACGGAUACUCAGUUGUGGAGAGCUAAUUCCCAAAUCUAAAGUUAAGAAAGAAGAAAAGAAACGGCAUAAAUCAUCUUCCUCGUCGUCAUCCAGUGAUUCAGAUAGCUCAAGUGAUUCUCAGUCUUCUGAUUCUUCUGAUUCUGAAAGUGCUUCAGAAGAGAAAUCAAAAAAAAGAAAAAAGAAACAUAGGAAAAAUUCCCGAAAACAUAAGAAGGAAAAGAAGAAGCGAAAGAAAAGCAAGAAAAGUGCAUCUAGUGAAAGUGAGGCUGAAAAUGUUGAAGCACAACCCCAGUCUACUGUACGUUCAGAAGAGAUCCCUCCUAUACCAGAAAAUAGAUUCCUAAUGAGAAAAAGUCCUCCUAAAGCUGAUGAUAAGGAAAGGAAAACCAGAGAGAGAGAAAGAGAAAGAGAGUGUAAUCUACCUAACUCCCAGCCUCCUUCAUACCAGAGACGACUCUUAGUUACUAGGUCUGGCAGGAAAAUUAAAGGAAGAGGACCAAGGCGUUAUCGAACUCCUUCCAGAUCGAGAUCAAGGGCCUUCAGACGUAGUGAGACUCCUCCACAUUGGAGGCAAGAGAUGCAGAGAGCUCAAAGAAUGAGAGUAUCAAGUGGUGAAAGAUGGAUCAAAGGGGAUAAGAGUGAGUUGAAUGAAGUAAAAGAAAAUCAAAGGAGCCCAGUUAGAGUAAAAGAGAGAAAAAUAACUGAUCACAGACAUGCAUCUGAGAGUCCAAACAGAAAACUAGAAAAAGAAAAAAAAGUUAAAGAGCAUAAAUCUAACAGCAAAGAGAGAGACAUCAGAAGAAAUUCAGAAAAGGAUGAUAAAUACAAUAAAAACAAAGUGAAGAAAAGGGCCAAAUCUAAAAGUAGAAGUAAGAGCAAAGAGAAAUCAAAGAGUAAGGAAAGAGAUUCAAAACAUAACAGGCAUGAAGAAAAGAGGAUGAGGUCAAGGAGUAAAGAAAGGGAUCACGAGAAUGUUAAAGAAAAAGAAAAGCAGUCUGAUUCUAAAGGCAAAGAUCAGGAAAGGAGUAGAAGUAAAGAGAAGCCUAAACAGUUAGAGUCAAAAAACAAUGAGCAUGACCAUAGUAAAAGCAAAGAAAAGGAUAGACGGGCACAGUCCAGGAGUAGAGAACGUGAUAUAACUAAAAGUAAACACAGUUACAAUAGUAGAACAAGGGAACGAAGCAGAAGUAGAGACAGGAGCAGGAGAGUGCGGUCUAGAAGCCAUGACAGAGAUCGCAGCAGAAGCAAGGAAUACCAUAGAUACCGAGAACAGGAGUACAGGAGAAGAGGAAGGUCACGAAGCCCAGAGAGAAGAACGCCACCAGGAAGAUCAAGAAGUAAAGAUAGGAGGAGGCGGAGGAGAGAUUCACGGAGCUCAGAGCGAGAAGAAAGUCAAAGCAGAAACAAAGAAAAAUACAGAAACCAAGAAAGUAAGAGUUCUCACAGGAAGGAAAAUUCUGAGAGUGAGAAAAGAAUGUACUCUAAAAAUCGUGAUCAUAAUAGCUCAAAUAAUAGCAGGGAUAAAAAGGCUGAUAGAGAUCAAAGUCCAUUAUCAAAAGUAAAACAAAGCAGUCAGGACAAUGAAUUAAAGUCCUCCACAUUGAAAAAUAAGGAGGAUGAAAAAACCAGGUCCUCAGUGGAAAAAGAAAACCAAAAAUCAAAGGGUCAAGAAAAUGACCAUGUACAUGAUAAAAAUAAAAAAUUUGAUCAUGAAUCAAGCCCUGGAACAGAUGAAGACAAAAGUGGAUGAGUGAGUUGUGUAAACUUAUGUCCUUUCUGUCUCAAAUUUAAGUUUUAGAGACUUGCUGAUGAAUCUCCUCUGUGUUGUUUUCAUGUUUUGGGGUUAUGUUCGUCUCUCUCUUUUUUUUUUUUUUUUUUUUUUUUUUAAAUGUGGACUUCAUUGAGUUGAUCUUUUGAUAAUCUGCAACCUGGAUAAUUUGUACCGCUAAAGUUUUAAUAAACUUGAAAUGAGAA